UCCGCUCAUCUUCGCAUCUGUAUUUCCCGUACUCUUCUACGCCGCGGACGAUAAUUUCGCACAAGUAACCCUACUUCACCCCAAUGAGUAUCGUAAUGUCAUCCGCACAGAGUUCCAUCGUCUCCCACUCGAGCUCAACAUCGUCCAAUACGACUAGUGACACUGUCACUCUCAAAGACGUUUCUCCCUCGAUCGGAAAGGCUACGACUGACUCACCUCUCGUGCGUAUAAUCCUCGAGUCUUAUGGCAGGGAGAUACUCGAGUCUACAAGCGACCAGUUUUCUUGAUCUCGUCGUCGGGGUGUGACUCCAAAUAAUUAGCGCAAGAGAACUAGUGAAGCUACUUGCUAAGGCGAAAAGGCUUGGGUAUCGAGAGACAGAUAUCAUGGACGACGAAGACGGUAUCCGUAACGUCCAGGAAGCGAAUGCAGGUUUACCGUCAAAGCCCAACGGAAUCGAAACCCCGAAACGACGGGCUAUGAUUGCCGGCCAGCGUCUCCCUCCCUCCACAGCUUCGACUCAACCACCUCCCCUCGAAGAGGUUCGAGCCCAAAAUUGUACGAACACAGCUCCUGUCCGGCGAGACGAGUCUCUCUCGACGCACAACUCAAUGCUCCCAGUAUGCAAAGGGCUGCUCUUUCCGAGAAAGCAGGUGGCCACAGCAUUCAGGGCAUACAGGUUGUUAUGGGUAUACAAGAUGGGGUGCCAACAGCUGCUAGGACUGCUGGGAAACAAGGAGAAAGGGAGUGCUCAAAGACUGGAUCGGAAGCGUGGGUCGCAACUCAUGUUGGGAGGUCUAGCAGUGCCUUGAAGAGAACGCGGCCACAGGACGUGAGAGGUGGAGUGCAGAGCCGACGCCCUAGAAAGCUGGUUCGAACAUCGGCUGGAAAGUCAUCUCCGCCGAUUUCUGGCCAUUGUCUCGAGGUAGUCAUCAUAUCCAG